AUGCCGUUCGAUUUUCUGUGCUGUGUGAGACCUGGCGUCGAAGAUGUUGUGGAGUUGGACUAUUCGCACCAGUCCUUAGUUGACUUCCCCACUGAAGUGUUUGUGUAUGAAAGGACGCUUGAAACUCUGUACUGCCAGAGUAAUCGUGUGACGGAACUCCCGCGCCAACUGUUUAUGUGCCAUGGAUUAAAAUACUUGGAUCUUAGUGAUAAUGAAGUGUCAACUAUACCAGCAGCCAUAUCUUCGUUAGUGAAUCUUCAACACUUAAAUAUUAGUAGGAAUACAUUAACAUCAAUACCAGAAAACAUGAAAGCACUAAAGUAUUUAGCUUUCCUAGACCUUAGUGUUAAUCCCUUGGAGAAACUACCAGAUGCUAUUACAAACCUGACUGCAUUACAAGAACUGUACCUAAAUGAUACAUACCUGGAGUAUCUUCCAGGCAAUUUUGGACGUCUAGCGAAUUUAAGAAUACUGGAACUAAGAGACAAUUAUUUAAUGAUAUUACCUAAGUCACUGUCUCGAUCAACCGAAUUACAGAGAUUAGAUAUAGGACAAAAUGAUUUUCAACAAUUUCCUGAAGUGAUUGGAAGAUUUGUCAAGUUAAGAGAGUUAUGGAUUGAUAACAAUAAUUUGACAUGCAUUACAUCUGUUAUAAAACCAUUAGAAAAUUUGAUACAUUUGGAAGCCAGUAAUAAUAUGAUUGAAGAACUAGCGCCUGAAAUUGGAUAUUGCACACAACUAGUGGAUAUAACUUUGUCAUUAAAUAUCUUAACACAGUUGCCAGACAGCAUUGGACAGCUUUGCAACUUAGCCACACUGAAACUAGAUAAUAACAGAUUAUAUUCAAUACCAGAGAGCAUAGGACAACUAGCUAAUCUUGAAGAGUUAAUGCUCAUGUGCAACUACUUAGAUAAAAUACCGUCUUCUAUUGGACUUCUAAGGAAAUUGAAAUACCUGAACAUUGAUGAUAAUAUGUUGACCGCAAUACCUCCAGAGAUAGGGAGUUGUACCAAAUUGUCCGUGCUAUCCUUACGAUCAAAUAAAUUGACUAGAGUCCCUCCAGAAGUUGGCCACCUGACUUCAUUACGAGUGUUAAACUUAGUAAGGAAUUCACUAAGUUGUCUUCCUCAGUCCUUGUUGAAUUGUGAUAAUUUAGUAGCCCUCUGGCUAUCAGAAAACCAAAGCAAACCUUUAGUGCCUAUGCAUUCUGAAGUAGAUCCUCAGACAUAUGAACAAGUCCUCACUUGUUUCCUCUUUCCCCAAGUGCCUUUAACUCCUAUUGAAAUGAAAUUGGAAAAUGAUAAAUCUGAAAAUGUUGAAGCCAACUCUUCAGCCCGUCACAUCAGUUUUGUUGACAUGAAAGCAGCUCCUAAAGUGACAGAAAAGCCCGGUCAGCUUAAGCGAGCUCCAACACCUUAUCCAAAAGAAUUAAGAGCACUAGCAAAGCAUGCUAGAAAUAUACACAAAGAUGGUACUCAAGAUGUUACUCCGCCUAUGCAAAAUGCAGUACAUAUUAAAGCUGCUAAAAUAACACCUACAUUACAACAAAGAUUCGCAUCAGACAACAAAUUAGAAAUAGAAAACACAGGAAAAGGUAAUUCAGGUAAUACAAACAAAGAUCUGCUUAUGAAAACGUCAGUUUAUGAUAAUCUUACUGCUGAGAAUGCAUAUGAUAAACCACUGGAUCUUUCAUAUGAACAAGAUAAAAGUUACAAAAGUGUAGAUCAUGCUUUGUAUCCUGAAAAUACUGGGAAUCCUGGUGGUGAUUUUAAAUCAGAAAAUAGUGAUAAUUACCUUUUACCUCAGAGACAAUAUAGCUCCAAACAGACUGAUAAAUACAGUUCUAGACAAGACAUGGAUAGAGCAAAUGUACCUUUACCCCAAAAUGUAUACCGUGGCCAUAUAGAACAUAAAAAUUAUCCAUUACCAAAUGAUGUUAAUUACAGAGUUGGGGUUGAUGAGUCCCAUAAUCGAUUACAGAGGCUGAGCCUUAGUUCACAAGAUAGGCAACCUGUCAAUGAAGCUGUUUUAUCGCCACAUUUUAGUGAAACUGCAUACAACACUAGACCAAUCAUGGAAAAUAUAUCUCCUUAUGAUCCACUAUAUGCUAGGAAAGAUCACAUAUGCCAUUCAGUGUCAGAGAAUAAUUAUCAUGAAAGUAUAUAUGAUAGCGACAAUUGUGCGCGUGCCAAAGAUAAAAUUUAUGGGCAGCGGAAUUAUGAUGCCUAUAAUUACCACUCUCACGGGAAUCGUGAUUUGCCAAGUCCUAGGUUACACACUGUUAGUCAAGUGGUUAGUUCAACUACUAUGCCAAAUUUAAGCAGUUACGGUAACGUAUAUCCAGGUGCUGUAGUAGGAGGUCAUGAAUACUCAACAGCCCUUCAUCAACCACAGCCACAAAACGCCAAUAUUUAUGGUAUACCGGCAAGCCCUACUUACGUAUCCACACAGUCCCCGGAAUUAUACUCGCCGACGGGGCAUACUAACUCAACUAAUCCAUAUCGAAUGGCUACUACACCUUUGAUAUCUGAUGAUGGAAGUUACAGUCAUGUUCAUUCACCGACUAGCCAAAAUAUGUAUGAUUUAUAUGAUUCCAUUCCGGCUUCAUCUAAUCCUCCGAGUGUGGUUAACCACCGGCAUAGUCCUAGCAUUUCUGAGCCAGUUUACGGUCGAGGUCAACCUCCGCCUUAUCACAUUGCAGCUCCGUACACGAAACACGCACAGUAUUUCAAUGGCACGGGUGGAUAG